UGUCCCCACCAAACAAGCUCAUCAGUUUAUCGAGAAGAGCCAGCAGCCUCUCUGUGGAAGGACUUUCUGAGGACUCUUACCCAAAGCCAACGACCAAGUCAACACAACAAGAUGGCAAAGAUCAUGCUUGCAGUCAUCGCAGCUGUUGCAUCCUUCAUGCUGGUGGAUUCCCUGACAUGCAACAAGUGCGCCUUUGCCCUUUUGGGGACGUGCAAGUCCGGCACUACAGAGAACUGCACGACCAGCACCAGCACUUGCUAUACUGGAACCCUGGCUUUCCCAUCACUAACCAACUUCCAAGGCUUCACCAGCCAGGGCUGCCAAGAUAACACUCUACCUUGCAACACGACAACUAACAGCACCCUGCUGGGAGUAGUCAGCUACAACGCCACAGUCACAUGCUGCUCCACGGAUAAAUGCAACCUCGCAGCAAGCGCCCCAUCUGCCAAGAUCACCCUUUCUGCCGCCAUUGCUGCAGCCGUCCUGGCCUCCGCUUGGGGAAGCAUGUUGUGAUCAAACUUCACACGAUGCUAGCUAAAUCCAUUCGUACCAAAAAACUAAGAAAUAACAUGUUCUUUACACUCUAUCUAAAAUGAAGUCUUUGGAUCUCAGCAGUUAUUAAGUAAACUUAUAUGCAUAGUCAUGCAGCGAAGUUUUGUUUUUCACAUAAAACACAAACCUCCAGUGCCAACGUCAUGAAAGUUAAUCUAUGAGAUGUUUCAGGGAAACAUUGAGUUUGUAAGUCUUCCAUGUUGUUGCUUUCCUCUUUUGUAUUUAUCCUUUUAAUGACUAUGUUAUGAAAAUAAAAGAAGUUCUAAAAGGCA